UCGCGGGGAUUUUUUCAAGGUUGCAGGUAUUUUGGCAAUGUGAAAGCAAUUUACUGGAACUUUUAGCCCAUGUGCGUAGUUGGGUGCGGGCGCGUGGGUGGCUGCUGAGCUAGUUAUUUUGAAUCUCGCGCCUCGCUUGCUUAUCAGACCAUACUGCGCAUGCUCGUAACUUCAGGAACUUAUCACGAAGGGUAUGUUUCACGGCGGUGUGAAUGCAGGAAAAUUAAUGGCUAUUUUUUAGCCUAAAAAAGUUCUCGUAAUUUAACGGGGAUUCUUAUGAUAGAGGCGGUUAGAAACCACCUACUAAGGUCUGUUUGUCAAUGUUGAUCUUAUGACACAAGAGUGUUGUCAAGUGUUUGUAGUGUUAAGUUAAUGAUUAACUACAGUAUGGAGCUUAGAAAUGCACUUCUCUGGAUAGUUUCCAGACUUAAAGCAUUCAUAGACUUCCAUGUAAAUACUGAUUGAGAUAAAAAGGAUUUGUUAGGAUGUUUUUUGUUUUGUUUGUUGUUGGUCUUUUUCAUGGGGUUAUUUUCAGUUAUUCUCAGUCAUAUUUAGAUAUACCACCUGCCACUUUGUUGGUUUUAUGACUAUUUAAGAAGAAAAUAUUGUAAAACAGUUAUGUUUUCCAGAAAUCAAGACAAUCUACAAUUUUUUAACAGAAAUACAUGUACUAAUAACAAUCAUUUGGCUGUUCAAAUAUCGGUUAUUCUGAGGAGGGUCCUUCAUGAAAGCCUCUACACUUAUAUAGUAAAUGAUAGAAUUAAAAAGGAAAUAAAUAUACAUCUUCUUGUACAUGUACAUGUAUUUUGACCAACAAUUUAUUUCUUCCCAGUCUUUUGUGUUCAAAUAAACUGUAGUUUACAAGUGCAUGGAGAAACCAUUAGUGGAUAGUUCAUCCAUGCUCUAAUGUAGCCUGUUGGAUAUGGUAAUAUGAGUAAAUGUCUGUGUGGCAGGCAAGAGCAUGUGACAUUUUGCAUAUAACGGUGCAGUGAUGAGUCACACCCAACGAAUAUCAGGAGCGAGAUGGAAACCAUGUUCAAAGGCCAUUCAGCUAGCGAGAGCUAGCCCCGGGCAGGCGAGAUAGCAAAUUUAUUAAGGUCAAGGUGUAUUUGCUUCCAACGGUCUGACUGAGAUAGCGCUGUGUGUAGGAUACAUGUAUGUGUGGGAUUAGGAGAGGCUUAUACACUGUACAUGUACAUAGUCGGGCAUGCCGACUUUGAAAAGAAUUUUUAAUUGCAAUUGACAUGUUCAUGUACAUGUAUGACUAAUAUUUUAAUAUUCAUGUAAACAUUUAUAUGCUUCAUGUGUACCUCAUGUUUUGUGGUGUUUUUUAAAGACUUGUAGAGCUCGGAUUUACUCUCAAUAUUCUCUUUAUUGACUUUGUUUGUGCAGAUUGCUUAGUUGUAUUUGUGGUUUAAUAAUGUUAUGGCCUAUGGGGACUGUCUAAAAUGCUAAUCAAUAGGUCUCAAAUAUUAUUGCUGUCAUAUUACAGGAUCCAAGAAUUCUAACAGGAACAACUACAAAUUUCAGACAUGGAUUAAAGAUACAUGUACCAAAAAACCCAGUGUGCCACUUGGUUAAGGGAGCGUUUCAUGAAAGGACUUACCUAUCCGAAAGUUAUCAAAGCAACAGUUAGAUAUAUGUGUUCUCAGUGUAUCAAUUCAAGAAUAUUGUUUAAUAAACCUAAAAACUUUUCAGACGAAGAAUGCUGAUGAAAUACUCUCUCCAGGAGUGUCCAUUCUGCAACCACCCUGACCUUGUUCACACGACAUCGAUAUCAGUUAAAAAAAGAUAGAGUACAUGUACAUUUGUAGAUCCUUAUGCUGUAUCGUCAAUGUUCAUUGUUCAUAAUGUAGUUAUUUUCCAUUUAUGAUUGCAGGAAAGGCUAGAUUAAGAGAUCACCAUGACGGAGCGGGGGGAGAUCAAAAUCCUGGAAACGGCUGAGGACAUCCAGGAUCGUCGAGAACAGGUCUUGAACCGAUACGAGAUCUUCAAAGAGCUUGCCAAGGAGAGGAGACAAAAGCUUGAAGAGGCAAGACAGUUCCAGUUCUUCAAACGAGAUGCUGAUGAACUUGAAACAUGGAUUCUGGAGAAACUUCAGACAGCCUCGGACGAGAGCUACAAGGAUCCAGUCAAUCUUCAGGAUUAUACCCAAAUACGAAAUCUAAAGGCUAAGCUCCAGAAACACCAGGCCUUCGAAGCCGAGGUCAUCGCCCACAGCUAUGUCAUCGAGCAGCUGGACGAGCAGGGGAAGGUGAUGGUCGAUGCCAAACACUUUGCAUCUGACGUGAUCGAAGCAAGGCUUAUUGAGCUUCACAGACUAUGGGAGCUACUGUUAUCCAAACUGAGAGAGAAAGGUAUCAAGCUUCUUCAAGCUCAGAAGCUUGUUCACUAUCUCAGGGAAGUCGAGGAAGUCAUGUAUUGGAUCCAGGAUAAGGAACCAUUUGCUGCAUCAGUCGAGACUGGAGUUGAUCUGGAACAUGUAGAAGUCCUCCAGAAGAAAUUUGAUGAAUUCCAGAAGGAUUUGCAUGCACAUGAAGAUCGUGUCGCCGAGGUGAAUUCCGAGGCCAAUACAUUGAUUGAAGAAGGUCACCCAGAGACAGACACCAUCAGAAAUAAACAACAGGAUCUGAAUGAUGCCUGGGAACGUCUCAAGCAGUUGGCCAUCAUCCGCCAAGAGAAACUCUUUGGUGCCAUGGAGAUACAGAGAUUCAACAGAGAUGCUGAUGAAACUAUUGGAUGGAUCAACGAGAAAGAUUCUAUCCUCUCCAUUGAUGACUACGGUCGUGAUCUUGCUAGCGUCCAGGCACUGCAGAGGAAACAUGAGGGUACAGAACGUGAUCUUCAUGCGCUGGAAGACAAGGUGACAGCAUUGUGCCAGGAAGCAGAUCGUCUAGAACAGAUCCACACAGACCACGCACCUGAGAUCCAAUCUAAGAAAGAUGAGAUCGCCAAUAACUGGGAGAACCUACGUACAAAGGCCGAUGAGCGUAAGGUCCGUCUGGUAGAGUCAGCCAACAUGCAUCGAUUCCUUGCUGACUACCGUGAUACCAUUGCUUGGAUCAAUGAUAUGAAGAACAUCAUCAAUGCUGACGAGCUUGCCAAGGACGUCCCUGGUGCAGAAGCCCUCAUGGAACGCCAUCAAGAACACAAGGGUGAGAUUGAUGCCCACCAGGACAGCUUCAAGCAAUGUGCUGAGGAAGGUCAAGGACUCCUUGAUGAGAACCACCCACAAUCAGAAGAAGUCAAAGAGAAGCUGGUGAUGCUUGCUGAUGAGAAGAAAGCGCUUGAAGAACUGUGGGAGGAGAGACGGGUCACAUAUGAACAAUGCAUGGAUCUACAGCUCUUCUAUAGAGACACUAAACAAGCUAAUAGCUGGAUGACCAAACAAGAGACAUUCCUGGCCAAUGAGGAUCUUGGAGAUUCCAUUGAUGAGGUGGAGGUACUGAUGAAGAAACAUGAUAACUUUGAGAAAUCUCUCAAUGCUCAGGAGGAAAAGAUCAAGGCCUUGGAUGACUUUGCUACCAAACUGAUUGAGAGUGAACACUACGCAUCACCUGAUGUUGACCAGUGCAGGAAUGAGUUUCUUAACCGUCGUGCUAACCUCGUUCACAAGGCUGACCAACGCCGCAAGCUUCUUGAAGAUUCCUACCGAUACCAGCAGUUUGAUCGUGAUGCAGAUGAGGUAGAAGCUUGGAUCAAGGAGAAACUCAAGGGAACAUCUGAUGAAUCUUACAAGGAUCCUACCAACCUUCAAAGGAAGCAGUUGAAGCACUCUGUCUUUGAGUCUGAGCUUCAAGCCAAUCAACAACGUAUUGGCAAGGUUAGGGACGAAGGCAAUGGAAUGAUCUCUGAAGGACACUAUAAUUCUGAUGAGAUCAGGGAUCGUCUUGAAAACCUUAAUGGUCUCUGGAUGGAGCUCCUCAAUACAUCAGAGCAGAAGAGUCAGAAACUCACCCAAGCUACUGAGGCUGCCGUCGUGACACGUAACAUUGAAGAGAUUGCAACAUCCUUGACAGACUUUGAUGCAAUGCUUGGGUCGGAUGAUAUCGGAAAGGAUCUUGUAUCAGUCCAGAAGCUUCGUGCCAAGCUAGAUGUGUUAGAAUCAGACAUUGGAGCCAAAGAGACGGCUAUCCAAGCUACCCGUAUGCAAACCACUGAGAUGGCUAUGGCUUCACAUUUCAAAGCUGAUGAGAUCUCAGAGAAGGAGAAGCUUGUUGCUACAAAGGUGGAAGCACUCAAGGCACCACUCCAGGCGCGUAAGCAGAAACUGGAAGCCGCUCAUCGUCUCCACGAGCUCCUGCGCGACGUCGACGAUGAGGAGGCAUGGAUCCGAGAGAAGGAACCUCUGGCAUCGUCAACCAACCGUGGUCGUGAUCUGAUCGGAGUACAGAACCUGAUCAAGAAGCACCAAGCCUUGAAUACAGAGGUCCAAGGCCAUGAGCCUAGGAUCAAGAUGGUCACUAAGACAGGAGAACAGAUGCUGGAUGAAGGUCACUUUGCUAAUGAUGAGAUCUCUGCCAAGGUCAAGGGACUGGAAGAGAAAUGGAAGAAUCUCAAGGACAAGAUCGCCCAGCGCAAGGAUGAUCUGGAGGAUUCAUUGGAAGCCCAGCAGUACUUUGCUGACGCAAAUGAGGCUGAGUCUUGGAUGCAAGAAAAGGAGCCCAUUGUCGCCAGCGAGGACUAUGGUAAAGAUGAAGAUAGUGCAGAGUCUCAACUCAAGAAACACAAGACUUUAAUGGCCGACCUUGUCGCAUACAGAUUAACCAUUGAAAUGCUCAAGAAACAAGCUGAAGGUUGCCGGUAUGAUCCCCAUCUCCCUAAGCGUGAUGGAAACCAACAAGACAUUCCUAUUUCUGAGGAUGUUGGCAAGGAAUAUGUGGUGGCGCUGUAUGAUUACAUGGAGAAGAGCCCUCGUGAGGUCUCGAUGAAGAAGGGUGAUGUUUUGGUUCUCCUCAACAGCACAAACAAGGAUUGGUGGAAGGUAGAAGUCAACGAUCGUCAAGGAUUUGUCCCAGCUGCUUACGUCAAGAAGAUGGACGCCGCCCAGUCUGCAUCUCAAGCCAAUCUUGUUGAAGAUGCUAACAUCAUGAGAAGACAAGAAAAUAUUGAACAAGAAUACCAAGCUCUUCUUGACAAGGCUGGUGUUCGCAAGGAAGCCUUGGAGGAGUCUGUGAAACGUCAUUCCUUGGUCCGUGAAGCCAAUGAUCUCAUCCAAUGGGUCAAUGAUAAGGCUGCUGUUGUUGAGAGUGCUGAGGUUGGUGAUGACUUGGAACAGGUUGAAGUCCUCCAGAAGAAGUUUGAUGAUUUCCAAAAGGAUCUGAAAGCCAAUGAAUCUCGUCUCCUUGAGAUCAACACCAUCCUUGAAACCUUGGACCUUGAGAAGGUACCAGAGGCUGAUAUUGUCGUCCAGAAAGUCAAUGACUUGAAUACAGAAUGGCAAGGACUCCAGAAGUUGACUGACGAUCGUAGUGCAAGUCUUGGCACUGCCCAUGAAGUACAGAGAUUCUUCAGGGAUGCUGAUGAGACAAAGGAUUGGAUUGAUGAUAAGAACAAAGCUCUAAACACAGAGAACUUUGGUCAUGACCUGCACAGCGUUCAAGCUCUUCAACGUAAACAUCAAGGUCUGGAGAGAGAUCUCAAUGCCCUCGGCAAACAGGUUCAAACUCUGGAUGAGACUGCUGACCGACUGGUACAGACCCAUCCUGAUCAAGAGGAACCAAUUGUUGCUAAGAGAGCAGAGAUUGAUGAAGCAUGGAAUACCCUCCAAGAUAGGGCCAAUGCUCGCAAGGACAAACUGAUGGAUUCAUAUGACCUGCAACGUUUCUUGAGUGACUUCCGUGAUCUCAUGUCAUGGACCAACGGUAUGAAAACCUUGGUUGCCAGUGAUGAGCUCGCUAAGGAUGUAACUGGAGCCGAAGCAUUGUUAGAGCGCCAUCAGGAACUACACACUGAGAUGGAAGCCAAGGCAGGAACCUUCCAAGCCUUUGAAGCCUUUGGUCAAGAGUUGAUCAAGAAUGACCACUAUGCUGCCCCUGAGGUCCAAGAAAAACUGGACAUCCUAGCAAAGGAGAGAGAAGACCUGGAAGUAUCAUGGAAUGAUCGCAGACACAAGUUGGACCAAUGCUUGGAACUCCAGCUGUUCCUUCGUGAUUGUGAGCAAGCAGAAGCCUGGAUGGGUGCAAGGGAAGCUUUCCUAGCCAGCGAAGGAUUGACUGAUUCAUUGGACAGUGUGGAAUCACUCAUCAAGAAACAUGAAGACUUUGACAAGGCUCUAUCUCUCCAGGAACAGAAGAUCAAUGCCAUUGAGUCCUUUGCUCAACAGCUUAUCAACAAUGAUCAUUACGAUGGACCUGCUAUUGGAACCAAGAGGGACCAGGUUCUUGAACGUUGGCAUUCCCUGAAGGCUGCGUUGAUUGAGAAGCGUUCUAAGCUUGGUGAAUCUCACACCCUUCAACAGUUUAGCCGAGAUGCUGAUGAAGUCGAGGCUUGGAUCUCAGAGAAGAUCCAGGUAGCUACCGAUGAAUCUUACCUUGAUCCAAGCAACAUCCAGAGCAAACAUCAGAAGCACCAAGCCUUCGAGGCUGAGGUCGCUGCUAACGCUGAGAGGAUCCAAGCCAUCAUGGCAGUAGGACAGAGAUUGAUUGAUGCAAACCAGUGCGGAGGAACAGAAGAGGCUGUACAGGCUCGCAUCGUAGGCAUCGGUGAUCAGUGGGAGUACCUCGUCCAACGAUCAUCCGAGAAAUCUCUAAAACUGAAGGAAGCCAACAAGCAACAGACCUUCCACAUCAGUGUCAAAGACAUCAACUUCUGGCUUGGUGAGAUGGAGAAUGCCUUGGCCUCUGAGGAUGUCGGACGUGACUUGGCCUCCGUCACCAACCUGAUUAAGAAGCACCAGCUUCUGGAGGAUGAUAUCGCUGCUCAUGAGGACAGGAUCCAGGUCCUGAACAACCAGGCGGAUUCCUUCAUCGAGGCUGGACACUUUGAUCCUGAAGCAAUGCGAAAGACCAAGGAGGAUAUCAACCAGAGGUACGAGCGCAUCAAGGACCUUGCUGUCGAUCGUCGCGGAAAGCUGAACGAGUCUCACCGCGUCUAUCAGUUCUUCCGUGAUAUUGAUGACGAAGAGUCGUGGAUCAAGGAGAAAAAGCUUCUGACUAGCUCCGAUGACUACGGCCGUGAACUGACAGGCGUGCAGAAUCUACGCAAGAAGCACAAGCGAUUGGAGACAGAGAUCGUCAGCCACGAGCCCACCAUCCAGGCUGUCCAGGAUGCAGGUCAGUCUUUGAUGCAGGAUGUAGCCCUUAACCAGGAAGGAGUCCAGCAACGUCUGGAUCAACUUGCCAGCAACUGGGAAGAGCUGAAGCAGCUGGCUGACAACCGUGGUGGCAAGCUUGAUGAUUCCUUGGCAUACCAAGAGUUCCUUGCUGGUAUUGAAGAAGAAGAAGCCUGGUUCAAUGAGAGGAUGAAUCUCCUGUGCAGUGAGGACUACGGUGACACCCUUGCUGCUGUACAAGGUCUUCUCAAGAAGCACAAGGCCUUUGAGACCGACUUCACUGUCCAUCGUGAUAGAGUCAGUGACAUCAAAGCCCAAGGAGAGAAGCUCAUCGAAGAUGGCAACCACAACUCUGAUGCCAUCUCCCAACGUAAUGAGUCACUUCAACGCAAGCUCCAUGAAUUAGAAGAGGCUGCUGCUCGCCGCAAGGCCAAUCUUGAUGACAACUCUGCUUUCCUGCAGUUCAUCUGGAAGGCCGAUGUUGUUGAGUCUUGGAUUGGCGAGAAGGAGAGCUUCGCUCGCUCUGAUGAUUACGGUCGUGACCUUUCAUCUGUUCAGACCCUUCUGACCAAACAGGAGACCUUUGAUGCUGGUCUCCAAGCCUUUGAAAAGGAAGGUAUCCAUGCCAUCACAACUCUCAAGGACAAAUUGGUUGCUGCCAACCACGCCCAGACACCUGCCAUCCAACAACGUCAUGCCAAUCUGAUCGCCCGCUGGGAGAAGCUUCUCUCAGACUCCAACAACCGACGUCAGCGUCUCCUGCGUGCUCAGGAGCAGUACCGUGAAGUAGAGGAUCUCUUCUUGCUCUUCGCUAAGAAGGCUUCUGCUUUCAACUCCUGGUUUGAGAAUGCCGAGGAGGACCUGACUGAUCCAGUACGAUGUAACUCUGUUGAGGAGAUCCAGGCUUUGAAGGAGGCCCAUGAGGCCUUCACAGCAUCCCUGAGCAGUGCACAGAAUGACCUGAAACAACUCGCUGCUCUGGACAAACAGAUCAAGAGCUACAAUGUCACCUCCAACCCGUACACCUGGUUCACAAUGGAGGCUCUUGAGGAGACAUGGAGGAAUCUUCAGAAGAUCAUCAAGGAACGUGAGGUUGAGCUGAAUCGUGAGAUGGAGAGACAGGAGGAGAAUGAUAAGCUUAGGAAACGAUUUGCUCAACAAGCUAACAGCUUCUAUCAAUGGAUCACAGAAACAAGCAAGGAAAUCAUCUUUGGGCGAGCUGCUAUGGUGGAGGAAUCUGGAAACUUGGAGACCCAGCUCGAAUCCCUCAAGGCUAAGAUCAAUGAAGUCCGUGCUCAGAAGAGUACCCUCAAGAAGAUUGAAGACCUUGGAGCCAAGAUGGAGGAACGUCUUAUCUUGGAUAAUCGAUACACGGAGCAUUCAACGGUCGGUCUAGCCCAGCAGUGGGAUCAGUUAGACCAGCUUGGUAUGCGUAUGACACACAACCUUGAACAACAGAUCCAGGCUAGGAACACUACAGGAGUCAGUGAAGAAUCACUCAAGGAAUUCAGCAUGAUGUUCAAGCAUUUCGACAAGGACAAGUCCGGCAAGCUUGACCAUACCGAGUUCAAAUCUUGUCUUCGAUCCCUUGGUUAUGAUUUACCAAUGGUUGAAGAAGGUCAGGAAGAACCCGUCUUCCUAUCUAUAUUGGACAUCGUUGAUCCUAACCGUGAUGGGUAUGUAAGUCUACAGGAGUACAUGUCCUUCAUGAUAAGUCGAGAAACAGAGAACGUCCAAUCAAAGGAUGAGAUUGAGAAUGCUUUCCGUGCGCUCAGUGCCGAGGGCAAACCCUUUGUUACCAAGCAGGAACUCUAUGCCAACCUCCAAACCGAUUUGGCAGAGUACUGUAUCCUGCGAAUGGAACCGUAUCGCGAUGCCAAGGGACGGGAGGUACCUGGUGCCCUCGAUUACGUCAAGUUCACCAACAACAUGUUCCAGAAUUAGACAUCUUCAUUCUUCAAGGCUUGGAUAGAUUCUUCAUGGAAGAAAAGGCUAAGAUCUUGUUGCGAGGAGAUAAUAACUGAUAUUAAAAUUGAAUUUCUUCUUUAAGUCUUUGAAAAAGUUUUAAAAAGCUCUACAUUAACUUCAGCAUGAAAGUAAAAAAUCUUAACUCUCAAACUGAAAAACUAUGAAAGGAGUUGUAGAAGUCUGUAUUACUGAUUAAAAAUUAACCAUUCUGUUCGUGAACAAUCUUGGAAGAUUAGGGGCAAAUUCCCUGAAAGGACAAUGUCCAUGGUUGCUUAGAAUUUGUUUUUGAAAGAGUUUCCUUUUUCGAUAAGUUGAUAUCUGAGGAGACAAAUGCUUGAGGGGGGUUUCUACCAACAUAAUAUCAACCUUUCACUGAUUCCGUAUGAGACUGUGUAGCAUCAAAACCUAGCAGGAUGAAUACUGAUACCAUUGCAGACAUUAACAGUUCCAAAAUUCAAACAUUUGAUUGAUAUAUUUCAGUAAUACAUUUCUGUGGUAACCAUAAGAUUUGCAGUGCUUCUAAACUCCUAUCACUUUCGUCUAAUUACUAGUUAUUGUGAGUGAGUGUAUUAGCUUUUUGUUUAAUAGAUAUUCCACCUUUUCUUCAUAGAACACUGGCAUGUUACUAGGUAGAUGCCAUUACUGCAAAUAUUCAAAAUAUGACGUGAUCUUGUGAUUUUCUUGAUAUGCUGUGUACUAUAGCUAAGUAUGUAGUUUGUCAGUGAAUUGCUUCAAAAAUCAAUGAAUUACUAUAAUGACAAUUGAAUAUAAGCUUGUUGGUGAAUUGCUAUAAAAGAAAUAACGUGUUUGAUAGGUUUAACUGCAAUGUGUAUUCAGGUGUAAGAUUAUGUAAUGUAACUUAUUUAAAAGCUAAACAGAACUCACUGUUGAGUUGACUGUAUUCAAUGAAACUUAAUCAGUAUAAUCUAUUAAUUCUAAAUAGACUUGAUGUUAUUCUAGUCUUUGGUAAACAUGGUUAUAGUCACUGGUGUUACAGUAUACAUUAUAAGUAGACUUUAUGUCUUGAGUGUCAUGUUCUACUUUGACAUCAUUAUUAAGGAAUUCUACAAGUAUGGAAUUGUACGACUAUAAUUUUGUUAGGUUUCUUCUCACUUUUUGUCAAUUUCUUGAAAUGCUUAUGCCAUUUUCCUAAAAUUGAAGAACAUCAGUUGAAACUUGCAGUUGCUAGACAAAAUACAAUGUUACUUGCUUGUAUAUUGCAUUGAUUGCUUCAAUGUUGCACUGAAAGGAAUUAUUAUUUGUGCACUAUUUAAUGGUGACAAUGAAAUGAAAAUUCUUCAUUCUUUUUAUUUUCCAUCUCAUUCCUCACAUAUUUUCAGGUAAUUGAAAAGAUGAAUUCCAAAUGGUACUUUAUAAUCAUUAUCCAUUUAAUUACUAUUCUUAUCUGAAGAUGGCUAUAAUAUAGUAAAGCGUAUAUGUGCAUUGUAUCAUAUGUAUUCAUUAUCUUUUUUGCUUAGACAUCUGACUUGCCAUGCAUAGUUGACUCUUGAGCGUGCCUGGAAUACUGAAAAAAAAACAAGAGUGGUUUCUGAACCUAGCGUUUAGACUAGAAUGUGUGAUCUUGAUACUGCCUGGCAUUUCAUUGUAAAUGAAUUUAGAAUUGUGUUAGUAGCAGAAAUAAAGAAACAUAGUGCAUUGUCAGUCAUCUAGUUUCAUUCAUUGCAGAUGAAAUUCAUAUUAAAAUUAAUUCUUAAACAAAAACUUCUGUCUUAUGUUACUUGGACAAAAGUUACAUUCUUCAUUGUAAAUUUUCAUUAGAAUGCCACAAAGUUUUAUUAACCUUGAAAUGGUCUAAUCGUACUUCAAAUAACUUGAAUUAUUCAUUGUAUUCAAAGUACUGCCUCUUUACUUUAUUCAUUGAUUUAGAACCCCCUGUAUUCUCAAUAGUAUUCAUUUCUGAUGAUAUAUAUAAUAUAUCAAAUAGCAUUGAUAUUCAUAUAUAGAUGUAUUCAGGUAUUCCAUAGUGGCAUGUAGGUACUGUUGUAUAAUAAUCAUAAUGCUCAUAUCUUAUUUCGAAAGAUAUAUAAAUCUACUUAAAGAAUAAUCUUCAGCUUUUUAAUGGUAUUCAGUGAAUAGCAUGUAUCACACUAAUUGAAUAUGUAAGCUAUUUAAAAAUUGAUAUUGUUGUAAUACCAACAAGAAAUAAAUUGCAAGUGAUCGACAUUCAGCAAAGUGCGUAUUGGAUACAUUGUUAGUAAUACUAUCUAGUUUGCUUUCAGAAUUGUUCUUUCUCACUCUAUAUGUUUAGUUGCCAGUGUUGAAAAGGUGGAAUAUCAUGUCUCAAUAAAAGGCCCUGCUCUCAGUAUAGUGAA